CAUUCCUCAACUUCUCCUGACUCCAUUAACGGAAGAUGGCUGUCGAUUUAACAAGCGAAUGUGACAAUAUCUCUGAUAUGGAACCUAAAAACUCAAGGAUCCCUGGUGAUGAGCCGUUGGUUAUUAAUCGUGUCUUUUGCCCACCAACUCCGGGCCAAAUUCCAAAGUGGCAACCUAUGGAGACUGAGUCGGCAGUACACGAAGAAUCUAACGUUCCUACUUUAGACACGUCUUCAUUAAGUGACCUUGUCAAAUACUACAAAGGUGUAGAUUUGUAUUAUUUGCCGGCAUCUACACAGGGAGAAAAGGCUACUUACGAAGAGGAGAGUGCGUGCAGUUACAUGUCAGAGAACUCUUUAGAUGAACCUCCAUGUAAGAAAGCCAAAUUUGAAUGACAACAGGAAACUAUUUUUGUCAUUAAGUGAACAACAAAUUUGGGCUUUUUUACAUGGAUUAAAAUAAAUAAAUAAAACUGACAUCAUGUGCUUUAUUACUGUCUGAAAAAAUUUAACAAUAUUUGGAUUUUGAAUAAUUGAUGUGUAAUUAUCUUAAUUGUGCUGUAUUUCCAAUGUUGGUUAAGUGGAGUUGAUUUAGAUUCAACCAUAUCAAGGACUAGCAUCGAGGAGGAGGUCCCUGGGUUAUAUCUGCCUGACUGGGUUAAGGAUGUUGAUUUGAAUUGGUUUCUGGAAUUUAUCUUGAACUUGGACAACCUGUCGUGGAUUAGUUUAUCUAUGAAGGAUAUUUUGAGGUUGGAAACAGGGAGUGUUGAAUAUCGGAAGGACUGUAUUUAUUGGGUAUCAUAUUUCUAUCCCACUUGUCCAAAUUGGAUGCAGUUGUACUUCAUAUCAGUUUGUUUUUUCUCGAUAUGUUGGAUUUUCUUGAUGACGAAAUGAUUAGAAAAAUAAGAUCAGAAUCUGUUGAAAAUUGUUUUUCCAGUGAAACUGUUUUAAACCCUAACUUUUUUAUAUAAUUAUGAUGAAAAAAAAUUAUAUAUUUUUUUGGGGUCCAAGCCAGUGGUAUAUGGAUAGUAUGAAUAUAUAAUAAAUCAUUCAAUAUAAAAACUCAACUUACUUAUCAGAUCAGUAUAAGCCUCAUAAUAAUACAUAAUAGAGUUCAUAUAAAAAAAAUAC